AGCUGUCAAACUUCCAUUACUCCAGUCCCGUGUUGUGUGUGCACCCAUGUCCUUCAGUAAAGAGGCUAGCUGGUGGAAACUCGUCCAUUGAUUUCGUUGCAGAGUUUGCUCUAAACGUCCGAAAGUUUAAUUAUACGGCAUUCCUGUUCACCCACAUUAUGGCUGCCAAGCUUUUGCCUGUCGCCAAGCUCGCUACGAAAUUGACCAUUGCAGGAGGAGCCAUAUAUGUCGCCUAUGACUCGGGCAUUCUUGGGAACAGCGAGGAGGGGUCCGUGGCUCUUGGGAAGGCGAAGGCUGCUAUCCCCCCAGCAGUGGACGAAUGGGCGAAAUACUUUGGACUGUCGUUGCCCACAAUCCCUAAUAUAGAGUUUGCUCCUCUGCAAGCAUGGAACUCCGGAGUCCAGAAGUCUAUCCAUGCUCUCUCUAUGGCUCCAACCAGAGCAGGCGAAGCCACCAGCCAGGGCGUGCAGUAUGUAAAAAACCUCGCCAAGUGAAGACCGUUUCGAUGCCACUUGCUCGUCCAAUCAGGUUGCUGUUGCCCCAAGCUUCAAUAUGAGUCACAUGAUCUCUAUGUAAGGCCCCGCUUCCACUUUCACAAAAGAUAGUGGCUUAUUUAUGUUUGAGUUCAUUCGAGAUUUUCCCACUCUGAUUUAAUGAAUUCAUACGCACUACAUUCGUGGUAUUUAUGUUCACAAUCUGCCUCUGUGUAAAGUGAGGGGGGAAAUGUCUGAAGUUUCUGAGAACUACAUUUAUGAAGCUGUUGUGUAUUUAAAUCCACACUUGUUUUGUUUGCUGUCAUCACCAUUUUAUCAGUGAAUGUUCAAUGAUACAGUACAGGUCUGCUGUAUUUUUACCCAACAUAUGUCUCCCAACUCAAAAUACACAUCAUUUGUUACAGCAACAAAUCAAAUCUCCUUUGUAAAUAACCAUUUAGCUGUUAUUUUCAUGAUUAAUAAACUUUAUCAUGUCAGAAACAAA